AUGCGAUUAGUUUGGUGCAAAAAGGAAAAAACGAGAGAAAUUGCUGUACCAAAUGUUACCUCUAUGGCGCAACGUAAAAAAGCAACAGGAUCGAGCAGAAAAUUUGGAGUCUCGGGUGGAGGUGGUAUAGCAAAGCGAAAUGAGUUAAUAUCUGUUCCUUCUGAUUUGCUUGCACAGAAGGUAUGCACAAAACGAGUACGAAUCGACGCUGAAGCUUGCAGAGUUGAUGAACUGGAAAGUAUUGGUUCAUGGUCUUUCGGCACAACAGUUGAACAUCGACCGUUGCGCUGCGAACAUCCACUGCCACCACCAACGGAAAUUCUGUUGGGAAGACGCAAAACACUGUAG